GCGCCGGCUUUGAGCAUCCCCAACCGGCCAGGUGCGAGGCCCCGGGGCUGCGGCUCCGGCGGCCGCGGCUGGACAUGGCGAGCGUGGGAGAGGAUAGCGGUGCUGGGGACGGCGCCCACCUGCUGGGCUUCUCCGAUGAGAUCCUGCUGCAUAUCCUACGUCAUGUGCCCAGCAUAGACCUGGUGCUGAGCGUGCGGCGCGUGUGCCAGAGGUUAUCAGCUCUGUGCGGCGACCGGAGCCUCACACACACGGUGCUGCUACAAAAGGACUAUGAGGCUACUGAAGACAAGGUGAAGCAGCUGGUGCGGGUCAUCGGCCACGAGGUGCAGCAGCUGGACAUGACCGGCUGCUACUGGCUGUCAGGUGCCACGGUGGAGCAUGUGGCCCGCUGCCACCGCCUGGUGAAGGUAAACCUGGCCGGCUGCCACCUCACCUCACUGCGCCUCUCCAAGAUGUUGUCAGCACUGCCACUCCUACGCUCUCUGGCCAUCGAUGUAAGCCCUGGCUUCGAUGCCAGCCAACUGAGCAGUGAGUGCAAGGCCACCCUGAGCCGCGUACGGGAGCUGAAGCAGACGCUUUUCACGCCCUCGUACGGCGUGGUGCCCUGCUGCAGCAGCCUGGAGAAGCUACUGCUCUACUUUGAGAUCCUGGACCGCUCGCGGGAAGGCGCGGUGCUCUCAGGCCAGCUGCUGGUGGGCCAGAGCAAUGUGCCGCGCUACCAGAGCCUGCGGGUCUUCUAUGCGCGUCUGGCACCGGGCUACAUCAACCAGGAGGUGGUGCGCCUCUACCUGGCUGUGCUCAGCGACCGCACGCCCGAGAACCUGCACGCCUUCCUCAUCUCCGUGCCAGGUACCUUCGCCGAGAGUGGUGCCACCAAGAACCUGCUGGACUCCAUGGCCCGCCAAGUGGCGUUGGACGCGCUGCAGCUGCCCCGCUCAUGGCUCAACGGCUCGGCGCUGCUGCAGCAGCUGCGCUUCCGCAAGCCUGUCCACGUGAGCUUCAGCCGCUGCGCGCUCUCGGGAUCCCACCUGCUGCAUCGCCUGCUGGAUGGUGGAGGCCAUGACCUGUGCAGUCUGGCUAGCCUCAACCUCAGUGGCUGCGCACACUGCCUGUCCCCCGAAGCGCUGCCCCGGAAGGCUGAGGACGACAUUGACAGUACCCUUCUGGAGGCACUGGUUACUGCCUGUGGCCAGCUACGCCACCUCAACCUGUCGGCCGCCCACCACCACAGCGCUGAGGGGCCAGGCCGCCACCUUUGCCAGCUGCUGGCCAACCUGCGCCACCUUCGCUCCCUGGCACUGCCCGUCUGCUCCGUGGCUGACUCUGCGCCACGGGCUGACCGCGCCCCAGCCCAGCCGGCCGCCAUGCAUGCAGCACCCCGCGGCUUUGGCAAGAAGGUACGCCUUGGCGUGCCCACCUAUCCGGGCCCCGGCUCCUGCCCUGGCCCGCAGCCCCAGCCUGCCUCAGUGUUCUGGUCGCUGCUCAAGAGCAUCCCCUUCCUGGAGCGCCUGGAGCUCAUUGGCUCCAACUUCUCGUCGGCCAUGCCCCGCAACGAGCCAGCCAUUCGCAACUCGCUGCCACCCUGCAGCCGCGCCCAGAGCGUCGGUGACUCCGAGGUGGCUGCCAUCGGGCAGCUGGCCUUCCUCCGCCACCUGACGCUGGCUCAGCUGCCCAGUGUGCUCACAGGCUCCGGGCUGGUAUGCAUCGGCGUGCAGUGCCAGCAGCUCCAGUCGCUGUCGCUAGCUAACCUGGGCAUGCUGGGCAAGGUGGGCUACAUGGCCGCCCUCGCUGACAUGCUGCGGCACUGCUCACGGCUGCGGGACCUCAGGCUGGAGCAGCCAUACUUCAGCGCGAAUGCCCAGUUCUUCCAGGCGCUGAGCCAGUGCUCGGCCCUGCAGAGGCUCUGCCUAGUGUCUCGCAGUGGCACGAUGCAGCCCGAGGCUGUGCUGGCCUUCAUGGACCGCUGCUUGCACGUCAUCAUGUGCCACAUGUUCACUGGGGAAUCCCUGGCGACCUGCAGGAGCCUGCAGCAGUCUCUGCUCCGGAGUUUCCAGGCCAAGCGGCCGGCGCUGAAUGUGGUCAUCUUCCCGCUGCUGCACGAGGGCCUGGCCGAUGCCAUCCGCGAUGUCCCGCUCAUGCACCUGGACGAGAUCACCCUGUUCAAGAGCCGGGUGGCCGAGGAGCCUCCCAACCUGUGGUGGUGAUAAUCGUGGAGGGGCCCCUGUGUACCCCCACAUCUGGGGCAUUCCUGUUUUCUCAUAGAGCCCCAUCUGCCGCUCCCUGCAGGGCUCUUCACACACAUGGGCGCCCAGAUAUCAGCUGAGGCGUGACCAGGGUCCCUCUGCUCUUGGGCCCCAUUGCCCUUCCUGUGGCCUGUCCUUCGCCACCAGUGCCCCUUGCAGGUCUGGGGCUCUGGUGCCCAUCAAGUGUCCUGUCACUUCGGUCCCCCACUGUGCCAAGGACCACAGAGAGCAGGCUGGGGUGUUGGGACCCAGGCCAGGAAAGUACCAUGUGUGUCUGCCACAGGGUCAGGAACUAUUAAACACAGGUGACACAUGACA